GCUACAAAGUACAACUCCCCUUCUGAAACGUCAGGAGGGCUUUUAUUAUUUAAGUUUGUAUCAAGUGAGCGAAGAAAGUUUUCUUAGAGAGACAGUGUUGCCUAGCAGCUUCUAGGCAGUGCACCUAAGUUUUCAGCGCGGACUUUUGGAUAUUUUCACCCCAGAGAUAUGUCCCAGACUGUAACCCUGAACGGACCCUCACCUUGGGGGUUUCGGCUUGUGGGUGGAAGGGAUUUUAGUACACCUUUAACUAUUUCAAGGAUUACGCCUGGCAGCAAAGCCGCACAGAGUGACCUGUGCCCCGGGGACACCAUCCUGGCCAUCAAUGGGGACGCCACAGAGACGAUGACACACAUGGAGGCCCAGAACAGGAUCAAGGCCUCCACCGAUAAACUCGUCCUGGCCGUCAACAGGUCAGAAAGAAAGGUCUGGUCUCCCGUUGUUUUGGAAGAUGGAAAAACAAGUCCAUUCAGAGCGAACCUGGAACCCGAGCUGCAGGAUUUCAGGCCGAUCGGAAGCGCGCCCAGCAGAAAGCCGGCGCCGUACGUCCCCGAAGCACCGCUCAACAAUGGCAGCACGAAGGUGAACGCCCAGUACAACAACCCCGGCGGGCUCUACGCGAACAACAACGGGGACGGGGCCUUGCCAAAACAAAUGGGCGGCCUCAGCCUCAGCUCUCCCCACAGUCCCGAGCCACGAGUCCAUUCCCCGGGGAGUCGAAAUGGCUUCAACACGGAGUCGGACGUUUACAAGAUGCUGCAGGACAACGAGGAGCCCGUCUCCGCACCCAAACAGUCCGGAUCUUUCCGCUAUCUCCAGGGCAUACUCGAAGCUGAGGAUGGAGGUGUCUCGCCGACCGACAGACUGAGGAACUUGAGGUCGCCCGUCAGGUCCCCGGUGCCCAAACUGGGGAGCCCCAUCCCGAGCCCCAUAUCCGGCCUGCAGAAGCUGCCCCAGUGCACGCGCUGUGGGAACGGCAUCGUGGGCACGAUUGUGAAGGCGAGAGACAAGCUGUAUCACCCGGAGUGCUUCAUGUGCGAUGACUGCGGCCUGAACCUGAAGCAGAGGGGGUACUUCUUCAUCGAAGAGAACCUCUACUGCGAAACCCAUGCCAAGGCCCGGGUGCAGCCCCCUGAGGGCUACGACGUCGUCGCGGUCUACCCCAACUCCAAAGUGGAGCUGGUCUAAGCUCCCACCCACCCCAGAUCGUCACCCUUUGCAUCGCCCAGAAUCUUCCUCCUAAGUAACAUUUUUUUUGGUUUUCUAUGCACUGCAUAUCCAAGCUGUCGCCUGGGGAGAUGGUGAUACGGAUAGGAGAUGGAGAUUUCAGAGGUGUGUGUGUUUCUCUCAUUGCCUGUCGCACUUGCAGUACAGCAUACUAUACUUGUGUGUUUAGUUGGCUGGUUUUCCUCCUAAUGGGUUUGGUUUCUCUGCACACCUGAAAUGAAUUAGGCCAUUGCAACCCAUAGAUCUAGAAGAGGGAUGAUUUUGUUUCUACAUCAGUAGCACUUUUACCAUGGCAUCUCAUAAAAAAAGUGGUUUAAAAUACCUGGAUAUGCAGAUAAAUGGCAUCUUUCUUGGGGCAAAUUCUGUAUGAAAUCAAAUGAAAAAAAUAUAACAUGACAUGGAAUGGCAGGGCAGGAGCACAUGGCUGAGAAUGGAACUCUAACCUUCCUGCCUCGAUGUACAUAGUUUCACGAAAGGCCAUCUUUAUUACAUCUGUUUAAAUACAUUCCUGUGCCACACCAGAAGGCCUUUUGUCUCCUCACUACAGC